GUAUAUUUGUUUAUUAAACUAGGCCCAAGCCCAUGUAAAUUUCGUCUUCCAAGAGAGGGAGAGAGAGUGAGCUCAGGGAAAGCAGUCGCCGCAGUCUCGGAGAAGGGGGAGAAGACAAUGGCGGCCAAAACCCUAAUCAGGUCAGGAGCUUCGCUAAUGAAUCGGUUUCUAUCGAAGCCUACGACGAAUCUCGUGCAGAAUAAUCUCAGAUCGUUUCAGCAGAUAGCUCCUCAGCGACAAGAACUCCCGCCGUGUUUUUUGUUCCCGUCGUUGACGAAUCUACAGAACUCGCUUAAUCCGCGCGUUAACGACACUCCUACGCUCCAGGAGCUCACGGAACGUGGCAUUCUUCACCCAUCUGGUCUUCCUUCACUCGAGUUCUUCUUACCUGAAGUCGAUCCUUCAAGUGAGCCGUUGCUUUUAUUUCCCAAGAGGACAUUCCAGCCUAGCACCAUCAGGCGCAAACGUAACCAUGGAUUCUUCGCCCGCAAAGCAACUAAAGGUGGACGGAGAGUCAUAGCUCGGAGAAUAGCAAAAGGGCGUCACAGAGUCACUGCCUAGAGUCCCUCUUUAACCUUUUCUAUGAAUCUCCUGCUAUCAGAUAGGCCGGCUACGUCUCUGUCCUGGUCCUUACAGGCUAGAAAAUCUGAAACUUGGAUCUCAUAAAUACUUGGAUGUAUCAAUAUCCAUGUUUUGACGUGUUGUUUUGGAUCUUGGAGUCGAGGUGGAGUUAAAGAUCUCAGCAUCUUUUAUUUUCUAACAAUCUCUAACUCCUUUUGAAUGGUUGCUUUACAUCAAGGAAUAAGUUUUUCUA